GUGUCAAGAAAGUGCCGGAAGCUUUUAGUUUGUCCAAAAUGGCUUACCAGACACUACAACAGGAGUAUCUACAGAUUCCUGUUGUUACCAGGGCUUAUACGACCGCAUGUGUCCUCACAACCGCUGCUGUGGUAAGAUUAUUCGUGUAUUAUCUGUGUUAGCUCGGGAUUAGCUUGAUACCUUUAAGUAUAACUCAGGUACCGUCGUUACUUUGAUGUUAGCUCGGUGGUUUAGCUGUAGCAGAGAGUGAGACGUGUCUGAAUGUGGUUGUUCAGGAUAUUAUCUCUGUUUUUGAAGUCCAUUCGCCUCUUAAAGAGUGGUGAACAGCUGCAGGAGUAGUGCUUGAAUUUUAAGUAUUGAAAUGAGGUUCUUAGUUGAUGCUGUGUUGUGUUUCUGAGGCGUGGAGAGAAAAAAUAGACAAAUGUGUCUCCAGCUGUUCGUGAUGCCGACGAUGUAAAUAAAACCGUAAACGCACCACGAAAACGAAACUCCAUCUAUUAUUGGAAGAAAAUGGAUUUAAUCUGUUAUAUACUCGUUUACAAUGAAAUAGUGGGGAUAAUUGUCUUUGUUUUGCUUUAAAGUGCUUUAAAAACCCUCUUCAGUGUUCCUUUAAUGUCUAUUUGGGGUCACUACUUUAUUCUUAAACUCUAAAAAAAACUUGAAAUACCGUGAAUAAAAAAUAUUGUUUCUUAUAGGGUCUUUGAAAUUGUGAAGUGAUAAGGAAGAAAACAUUCUAAUAAUUACAUUUAAAUAUGAUUUUUAAAGCACAUAUAAGAUGUUUUUGACAUUAAUCAAUUAGACCAGUGGUUCUCAACUGGUCUCACUCUGGGACCCCAUUUCCCAUGGUCCUUAAGCCCCUAACCCACUCUUAUAAAAUUCAAACCAAUCAAAUUUAUUUCUUAUAAAGAAAAAAUAUCUUUGCAUUCAGAGCAUAUUCAGAAGAAUUUGAGGAGGACCAUGCAAUAAAUAAUAAAUAUCAAAUAGUACAAAAGAAAGACCAUACAAAAAAAAAGUUAAUUGGCUCGGUUCAGUAUUGUCACAAGGGACUUUUGGAUUUCUGAAAUUGUUGGGAAAGAAAAAUAAGAUAAGCAGUGGAGUUAAGCUAUAAAAAGAAAGCCGUAGUCACAAAUGUAUUUGUAAUGAAUCACUGAAAGAUAUAGAUUUUGGGUUAUGUUAUAGAUUGCUAAACAUGGCUGAUAUUGCUGUCAAUACCAAAUUUUACAAUUAAUCACAAAAUGAAAACAGCAGCCAAUGACUGUUUUGGAUCUAGUGUGUGCGGUUAAGGGAUAAGAAAGAUGUGUUGUCAAUUAGAAAAGAUGCUGUGAAGAUUGAUGCUGGUUAUGACAAAUGCCAUAAAAUCAGUCAAAAUAACCAGCCAACCUCUUAUUCAGUCUAUCUCUAGUUAGCACCAUUCGAGGUACAUCCCAUCUCUUGCCCACGCAUUGUGUCAUUUGCUGUUACAUAGAAGAUCAGCUAGAGGACGACCCAAUAGCAAUGAGCUGAAGGGGUCAAGUCACCACAGUGCAGUGGAAGCAAAACAUGCUUCCUUCAGUUUUUUUAUUCUUUCCUGUGCCUGUAAACUGCGACAAGAAAAGUCGUCCAUUGAAACCAUCUUAUCAAGCUAUAAUCAUAGCUAGACUGUAAAUGAAAACAUGCUGAAUAAAGCUCUCUGAAUCGAGCUGACGAACUGGUUUGUCCACAGGUGGAAACCAAAAUUGAGCUAAACUGAAACAUCCUCACAGGAGCUUCUUAUUGUCGGCUUAUAUAAUAAAAAAAACAGAAGGGGAACUUCUGUGUUUUUCCAUAUCCUUCAAUGUGUUUGUAUGUGUUUGGCUAAUGGGUGAACAGUCUCUGAAACUGGCCCUUGAGGGUGAGCAGAGCAGCCGGCAGCUGUGAAACAAGCUUACAGAUAGUUUGAUCGGGUGAUUGCAAAUCAUCAAACUGCAUCCAAUGCAAGCGCUUUAUUUCAUCACCGCCAGACUCAAUGAAACUUAACUAGAUAUAAAGUACAAAGUAAAAUACGAAGACCCAUCGGAUCUAGACUAGAUUUUUCCAGAAAGAGGAAAAAACAGUUUCAGCUCUGAUGAGUACAAAAGUGCGGGUUUGAGAGCAAAUAAACUGACUCAGGAGGCUGAGACAUGCUUCAAUGAGAACCCCUCCUUGUCACGGCCGAGGACCCACAGAUGAAGUUCCUUGUGUAAAAACCAUGUAAGGAAAGAGGACUUUUGAAGGUCAGGUCUUUGAGUCGAGGGUUAUUGAUUUGUUUUUGUCAGGAGUUUGUUGUCUGUUAUAUUAAGUCACUUUGAAAAAUUUCUUAUUGUUUUCUCUGCCUUUUAUUUUCACAGCAACUAGAGAUCAUCACACCGUUUCAACUUUACUUCAACCCAGAUUUGAUACUAAGGAAUUACCAGGUGAGAAAUGUUUCUUUCUGAAGUUAAAUUCUAACUAAACGUAAAGUUUGUUAACGUUCAGAUAAGAGCAGAUCUCCCUCAUGUGGUUCACACAGAUAAAUUUUUUUUCAUAUUGUGAUCAAAACAAAAUAGAUAUACUUCUUUUUUUAACUCAGUCACAUCACGAGUGAAGUGUCCGUUUCAGAAAAAAUGAUCAUUAUCAUCUCACGUGGCCUCCUCUGUGUGAGGUUGUGAUGUCCAGCUCAAUGCUCUGUCUGUCUCUCUUCCUGUAGGUAUGGCGACUCAUAACCAACUUCCUGUUUUUUGGUCCAGUUGGCUUCAAUUUCCUGUUCAAUAUGAUUUUUUUGUAUCCUUCUCAGUUUCAAGUCUCACUUCAUUUUACUAUUGAAUGAAUUUACAUAGUUUCUGUUUCAGUGGAGAAAAUUUGAAUGUUUCUCUGUCAAAGCACUGAUACAAUUUGUAGGACUGUAUCCAUACUGUAGAUCUGUAGAUUUCUUUAACAUUUGAUUUCAGGUACAGAUACUGUCGUAUGCUGGAGGAGGGCUCGUUCAGGGGAAGGACGGCUGACUUUGUCUUCAUGUUCCUCUUUGGUGGUCUACUGAUGACUGUAUCCUUCACAACCCUGCAAGUCCAAAAAAAACCUCAAUCCCAAAAGAGUUGGUUUGCUCUUUGAACGUUGAUGAAACAGAUUAGGAAGGCUGGCAAACUGUUAAAACCUGACCUUUGAUUGAAAAUGAAAACAACAUAUCUAAUGUUAAAACUGAGAAAUGUUACUUUUUGUGAAAAAAUAUCUGCCCGUUUCAAACUUGAUGCAGAAACAUGUUUGUAAAAAGUUAUUGGAGGAACAACCGAAAAGCUAAAAAGUAAUGUAAUGCUAAAAAAAACAGCUGGAGGAACAUCUUCAACAGAUGAGGUUAAGUUCCAGCAGGUUGGUAAGAUGACUGGGUAUAAAAAGAACAUUCAGAGAGGAUGAGUCUCUCAGAAGGAAAGAUGGGAAGAGGUUCAUCACUCUGUGAGAGACUGCGUGAGCUAAUAGUUCAACAGUUUCAGAAUAAUGUUCCUGAGUGUCAAAUGUGAAAAGACAGUGAAGCUGAGAAUUGCUCCAGUGCUGUGUGAAUACAUCUGAAAAGAGUUCAUUAGUACUGAUGAUAGACCCCUAAAGCAGUGGUUCUCAAGUCCAGUCCUCGGGGCUCACUGUCCUGCAUGUUUUGGAUGUUUCCCUGCUCCAACACACCUGAUUCAAAUGAUCAGCUCGUUAUCAAGCUCUGUAAGCUUAAUAACGAGCUAAUCAUUUGAAUCAGGUGUGUUGGAGCAGGGAAACAUCCAAAACAUGCAGGACAGUGGGUCUCGAGGACUGGACUUGAGAACCACUGAUCUAAAGCAUCCAAGAAUGAAUGUGGUGUAAGUGGGUGAAUAUGACAAGUGGUAAAAAAGUGCUUCACAGGGUUGGAACGACUACAACAAGAACCAUAGAAGUACAAGCUCACUUCACAUUCAGUAUGUUGUGACCCAUGGCCAGAACAUACCCUGAUAUCAGAAGCUGUAUGAGUCCUCAUGAUAACCUUUGUUUCAUCCGUGUAUGAUAUUUGCGAAUGCUGCUUCUCUGCCAUGUUCUUUAACAAGUCUGCAGAUAUUUGGCACAUUUGUGAGUCUGGUGUUUCUGGGCCAGGCCUUCACUAUCAUGCUGGUGUAUGUGUGGAGUCGGAGAAACCCAAACGUCCGCAUGAACUUCUUCGGCCUGCUGAACUUUCAGGCUCCCUUCCUGCCCUGGGUGCUGAUGGGAUUCUCUCUUCUACUGGGAAACUCCAUCAUUGUUGAUCUUUUAGGUACAUAUCACCACCAGCUGUAGACCUUAUUCAGCACUUUAAGGAUCAGUAACACUAAUACUAACGUGUAUUUCACCUUUUUUCAGGUAUCGCUGUUGGUCAUGUGUAUUUCUUUCUGGAGGACGUUUUUCCAAACCAGCCAGGAGGUGGAAGGUGGCUGAAGACUCCAUCGAUCAUGUAAGUCUGGAGUUUCUUUUCAAUCUUCGAUGGAUAAAAUGUCUUGGUCUUAUAAUAGAUUGUAAGGUGACCUUGAAUGUUUUGAAAGGCACCCAUAAAUAAAAAUAAUUCUUAUUCUUAUUGUUAAAUGAUGUUAAUGACUUACCUGGUUUGAACUGUUUCUAAUUAUGAUGGUACAGAAUCCAGGAUUUGACACUUUAGUUUGAUUUUUGAAAUGAUUUAUUUGACCCUGGCCUGAACACAUACACGCUUUGAGUCUGAACAGUCUGACAGCUCUGCAGAGAUUUAGUGUUGGUUCGUGAUUUGUUGUGACUCACUGAAUCUCUCCCGUGUGUUUCCCGCAGAAAGAUGCUGUUCGACACCCCGGAAGAAGAUGCAAACUACAACCCCCUCCCUGAAGAGCGUCCCGGAGGCUUCGCCUGGGGAGAGGGCCAGCGCCUCGGAGGUUAAAUUAACCUCUGAUCGAACACUUACAUGGACACUCCUCUUGUGUGAUAAAGGGGACAAACUUGGUCUGUUUUUUGACGUGUUUGUUCAGUUCUGGAUUAAUGCCAAACACGCUGAACUGGUUUGGAGAGAAGCGUCUGUCGUCUUUGUAAUUCAGGCUUAAAUCAUCCUCAGAAGCUCUUCUUUAUGCCGGAUCGUCGCUCUGAGACUUUUGGGAAGAAACUUUGGGUGGAGCUGUGGACGGUGAGGACGUGUGACUUCAUCUCAGAAAAAAAGUUAUUGAUUUAAAAAAAGCAGCUGUCACGUGAAGGAAACAACGACAGAAGUAAAUGUUACUCAGAUGGAAAGUGCUUUUUUCUUUUUCAUUUCACUUUUUAAAAAAAUAAAUGUGUGUGUGGCAAAUAGUGCUUUGGGUUCAUCUCUUUCAAGUGAAGUAGUACCACCUUAAACCAAAGAUAAGGUCAGCUGACUCAAAAAUACUAAAACAAGGGUCUGCGGAGAGGAUCAAGACUGACCGUGGCUUACAAAUGCAGAGGUUUUUAAUGUUUGUGAAUGGGAUUGGUUUAAUUUUCACACCUGUGCUUGUUUCUUCUGUUUCAUUUCACAGCCUCCCAUCUGUCCACAUUUUUUUUGUUGAUUUUAUGAAUUUUGCACACAUUGACACCUUCCUCAUUAUUUUGUUGCCAUAUUAUCCUGGUUUCUGGUUCAGCAGCAGGUCUGAAUGGAAAUUAUGCUGCUGCCUCAUGUUUGUUUGUUUUUAUAUUUGUUUAUUUAGGGAUUUUUGCAGACUGAGUCAUAACACCAGGGUUAAGAAGCUGUGAGUGUUUUUUGCUUACACUGGGGGAAAAUAAAAUCCCCUUUCUUAAUUUAUAGUUUCUAAAUAUCUGUAAAUAUUGUGGAGUGGGUUGAGAUGAUUUUUAGGACUGUGAUGAAGUCAAAAUUACUUUGGAUCACAGCUGGUUGUGUUUUUCUGUUUUAUUUUCAACGUUUUAUUAAUCUUCAGUAAACACUUUGACUAAUGGAGAUGGAUUUUACUGUAACACAUAAAUACAGGUCGAGAUCUGCCUAACUCUA